UCACACUAUCAUCACAAUCACAAUCUUCCAGUUUUUCAUUUCCAAACACAUCGAAAGCCGCCACCACACUCACCACUAACUCCGACCAUGUUCCGGCAAGCAUCCCGCCUUUUGGGCCGAUCUAUUAAGAUGGAUCGAGCCAUGUCGACGGAGGUGGCCGCCGCGGCCUCUGUAGAUUCAAGCUUUGUAGAGUCGUGGAAGAAAGCGAUUCCCAAUAUGGACCCACCUAAAACUCCGUCGUCCUUCAUGAAACCUCGCCCGCCUACGCCGUCCACCAUUCCGUCUAAGCUCACCGUUAAUUUUGUUCUUCCUUAUGCUUCUCAGCUCUCCACUAAAGAGGUUGACAUGGUGAUUAUACCUGCAACAACUGGACAAAUGGGUGUUCUGCCAGGACAUGUACCCACAAUUGCAGAACUGAAACCCGGGAUCUUAACAGUUCAUGAAGGAAAUGAUGUGACCAAAUAUUUUCUUAGCAGCGGGUUUGCUUUUGUCCAUUCAAACUCUGUUGCCGAUAUAAUUGCUGUUGAGGCUGUGCCAAUUGAUCACAUUGAUUCAAGUUUAGUACAGAAGGGUCUCGCAGAGUUCAAUCAGAAGCUCAGCUCAGCUACAACUGAUUUGGAGAAAGCUGAAGCCCAGAUUGGCGUAGAUGUUCACAGUGCUCUCAACUUUGCUCUCACCGGCUAAUAUCCUGCAAUCUGCAUCCGGUUUUUUUUCUUUUCUUGCAAUUUUCCUUUCUAUGCUUCAUUGGCUGUUUACUCUUCAUUUUAUAAUCUGUAAACUGCUUACUGCAUAGUCCUGCUGAGAUAUAUAUACCUCUGCUGUGAUUCACAGAAAGGUAAAUAAAGUGUUCAGAAACAAGAAGCAGAAUGGUUUACUUUUUUUGUUUUCGGAAAACCUCUUGGCUUGGAGGUUUGUUGUUAGAACAGACUGUUAGACUGCAUAAAAAUGGAUUUGAUCAAAGUUUUGCAUUUGGUUCGA